GGGGGGGGGGGGUGCAUGGGUGCGUGGUCUGCUGUGCUGGGGGGGCAUGCAGAGGUAUAUAUGUAUGGUGGAUGGGGUAGGAUGGGGAUGUUGGGUUGCUGUUGUUAGGGGCGUGUGUGGCGGCGGUGGUGGUGGUAGUGGAAGACUACCUACCUACCUUGCCUACCUACCACCUGUCUUGUGGGUUUGUAUGUAUGUGGCCUUCAGGGCUGGGAUUGGGACGUGUGUGGUUGCUUGGUUGGCAUUCGGGUCAGCACCGCCCGUUGUUCAACCACGGGCGCGAGCCCCCCCCCUUCGUUAUUAUUCUUUUAUGUCGCUUCUCUUUGUCGGUAACAUGGAUGCCAGAGGACGUUUCGUGGCCAGGGGUUGGUGGCAUGUUCGCAAAUUGGACAAUACUAGUUAGUAGCUUGAAUGACUCGGAUGACAGGUGACUGAAUUCAAAUACUUGCUCAAAUUCUCAAA